GCCUGGUAGAUGGCAAACGGAGUAAUGCACAGAACCAAACCAAACUGGACGAAAGAAGGGACUUCUACGAACAUUUCUGAUCAAAUGCAUUGCUAUUUUGGCUAAUUUAAAGUAUAAUAAUUCUAGUUGUAUUACAUAACUGCUGUCUAGCACACCCUGAGAUUAUUGUGCAAAGUUUUUACCCAACUGCAGAGAUUAUAUACAAUUCAUUUCACAACAGGCAGAUAUGAGAUAACCUUCUAAAAAGCAAAUAUGCCACAGUACUGCAGUAUGACAGGGUUUGAUAAGGCACUGAUCUGGAAAUGCCUAACAAAAAAUACACUUUCCACUCAACACUGCGUGAGUCACCUUUAAACAACAAAGAGAUGAUUUGAAAUAUUAGGUUAAAUGUAAUAAGUAAAAUCUGUGGGUCAAAAGCUACAAGGUUCAUCAACCACUGCAUUACCUGACCAAACUGAUGUGAUGGGAAAGUUUCCAUGACAACUUAGGGUUACAUAAAUGAACAAAUGCUGAAUUUGGUAUUUUAGUCAUUUUAAUAUUGAUGCACAAAAAGAAAGUGACACCGAUGCUUCAGUUUAGAUGUUUUCUCCUUGCAGUUCGGCAAAAAACUAGAAAAAAAGUUCAUUUAAAACCCAAACUUUUAUUUUGAAUGUUUGUAAACAAUAAUCAGACUAAACAUGAUGCCAGCGAAGGACCAUCUUAUUACUGAAUAUGAAAUAUUCCUUUACUAGAAAACUAGCACUUUUCCGAGUGUCUGUUCUCUGUGAGGGUAUUUUAUUGACCUUGGUGACUAAAUUAGCCACAUAGCUUCACUUCAUGCUGGGUAUGCUAAUUCUCACAGAAUGGUUUCAUAUGUAGCAAGUGUACAGCUCCUGCAGAUGUAACAUUAAGUUCAAAGCCAAUCCUCCAAGUUAGAGCCAUCUGGGGUUUCUAAAUAUCCCCAAACUUUCCUUAAAGUAAACACUGCCUUUUUAGAAGAGGAGGAAACACUCUGUAGGCUCAUCUCCUACCACCAUGAGAAGUAUCUGCUAGUAGAGGUUGAAGGGACCGGUGGUGCCUGUGCCCAGCAGCCCCGCCUCUGCAGCUGUGGCGACAAUCACCACCCAAGUGGGAGUGUGUUUGUGAAUGAAUGAAUGGAUGAAUGAUAUGCUGAAGUGUAAAGCGCUUUGGAGACCUUCCCCAUAUGGCCUGAUUGUGACAAGUCAGCAGUGCAACAAAAGGACACCCGUUGGAUCUGGUUGCAGACAUGGCCCCGUGCUCAUGUUACAGCCCUCACUGCUGCAGACAGGAGCGUCACUCAGAAGUUGUGUGUGUGUUCACAUCCCUGGAUGCUGGUUGAAAAGUCCUCAGCAUGCCAACAUCCAAUCAGGGCUGGCCAGAGGAUUUUGGCUUCCAGCUGGGUGGGAAUGGACCCAGCUACAUCUUGUCAGUGGAGGAAGGCAGCACUGCUCACCUGGCAGGGUUGCAGGCGGGGGAUCAGGUCCUAGAGAUCGAGGGCCACAAUGUGUCCACACUGGCUCCACAAGCCGUGAUCGCCAUCGCCCAGACUCAGAAGAACAUCCCCCCCAGCAUCGGAGUGGUGUCUCGGAUUCAGCAGAUGGACAUCAUCCCCGGUCCAGAUGGUCGUUUUGGCUUUACCAUUGUGGGAGACUGCCCUCUCCUGGUGGAAGACUGCUCGCCAUGUUCCCCAGCCGGACGCACAGGUCUCAGGGCCGGGGAUUACGUCAUGGAGGUGAACGGCAUCCCCGUCAGGCACCAUGAGAUGGCUGCGUCCCUCAUCAAAGCCUCCCAGGGGAGGCCGCUCCGUCUGGGGGUGCUGUGCCUCGGUCAAAGGCAGAAACGAAGCGUCAGCAUGGUGGAUAGUCAGAUGGGAGGGGAGGGGGCAAGGCUGGAUCGCAAGCACAAAGCUCUGGAGUUCAACCAGAAGGUGGACCAGAUUUUAGGAGACGAGCCAGAAGUCAAAGAUAAACUCUUUUCUGUGCUGAAGCAGUUCGCAGCAGAGAAGAGAGUAGAGUGGCUGGCCUCGGUGCUGCCGGACAUACUCACCACUGAUGAGCAUCGACAGCUCAUCUCCAGCAUCAGAAUCUUCAUCCCAAAGAAGCACCGGCAGCGCUUCGACGAUGCCGUCUCCCAGAACAUGAUCAACCGGCUCUGUCGCAGCAAGAGCAUCAGCGAGCCGCAGGGCAGGAUCCGGCGCAGUCGCAGCGAGGAUCACUCGGACCGGCGCCACGGGUCCAAAAGGGCCAGCUCAGUGCCGAGGGAUGGAGGGGAACCUGGGGGCAGAGGUGACGCAGAGAGAGACCGGGGGUUAAGGAAAUCCGGCUCAGGGAUGCCAACACACCCUCCUCUCGGACCCAAUCAGAGGAUCGUCCGUGUCUACCGAGGGAAGAAGAGCUUUGGCUUCACGCUGCGAGGUCACGCUCCCGUUUGCAUCGACUCAGUCAUUCCAGAUACUCCUGCUGAGGAAUGUGGACUGAAACCAGGCGACCGCAUCCUGUUCCUCAAUGGACUGGACAUGAGGAACUGUUCCCAUGAGAAGGUGGUUUCCAUGCUGCAGGGCAGUGGGGGGAUGCCCACCCUGGUGGUGGAGGAGGGGCCGUCUGACUUCUCUUCUGACCAAACCGACCCAGAUGAUUCCUCUAGUCUGGUUCCAACCACGCUACCACGCUCUAGGUCUCCAGCUCUCAGCUCUCUCCAGUGGGUGGCAGAGAUCCUUCCUCCGAGCAUCAAAGUCCACGGACGGACCUUCAGCCAGCAGCUGGAGCACCUGCUGACCAUUCAGGAGAGAUACACCGUCUGCAAAUCCUUGGAGACCUUCUUCCAGCACAGGAACGUGGACACCCUGAUAGUCGAUGUGUUUCCAGUGUUGGACACUCCAGCCAAACAGCUGAUCUGGCAGUUCAUCUACCAGCUACUGACCUACGAGGAACAGGAGCACUGCCAGAGCAAACUGUCCCGCUUCCUCGGUUUCAAGAGCAGCGUGGUGCUGGAUCCCGACGGGACUUCGGAUCACCACCGACGGACCAGCUCUGUGCGUGUGUCUGGGACCUCAUACCGCAGCAGCAUCCGAGAGAGGAGCUCCGAUGACUGCAUCAUCGGGACUCACUUAGGAAUGGGAAUUCAUAUCGAUGAAUCUGGGAGCCCGGAGGAGAGGCAGUCGGGAGACGGAACCUCCUUCCCCGAGUCCCCGGACCUUAGUCAUAUGACAGGUGUGUACACGGAGCUGGAGAACAUGUACGCAGGGAAGAGUGUGUCCCCGCUGCAGAGCGGCUCCCCCGCAGAGACUGAGGUGGCGGGGCAGACUGAGGCCUUCGGCCGCUCUCUCUCCCCCCUCACACUGCCCCCCCUCACAGGUAACCGUAAGUCCGGCCUUACCCUGUCCUGGAAGGAGCCCCUCCCCACCACCGUGUAUGAGAUCCAGCACCAGAGCAGUGUGGAGUCCAACCCCUACGUCAGCCUGGAGAGCUCCCCCGCCUCCCCUCAGCCUCUGGACAGCGGGCCCAACACUCUGACGCGCCGGAAGAAGCUGUUCACCUUUUCUCGGCCGCCUCGCAGCCGGGACACGGACAAGUUCCUGGAUGCCCUGAGCGAGCAGCUUGGCCACCGGGUCACUCUGGUGGAUGACUUUGUACCCGGGGAGAACGACUAUGAAGAGAUAUAUCAAGGUGGUUGUCAUGGUUUCAGAAGAAGAGGUGUGCAUAUGAGCUUCCCUGAGGACCAGGACGUGGGCUUCAUUUCCCGACAGCUCAGCAGAAGCAGCAGCGAGGACCACAGCAGCAGCGAUGAGGCGUCCUCCCCCACCUACUCCUCUGGAUCAGAACCAAUCCCACCACCUCCCAACCAGAGUCCCCCGCCUCCCCCACCUUUCCAGUCUCUCAUACCUCCUCCUGUGCAGUUUACAGACACUCUGCCCCCAGUUCGCUUCUCCCCAGAGCAUGUCCCCCGCAGCAGGAUGCCCUUCCAGCCUCACCACCCCAUCAUCCCCCCUCCCCCGCCCCCCCUUAGGACCCUCCUCACCAGCCGCUCCCCUCUACACAAAGUUCUCCCCACCAGAGAUGAGGUAGAAAAGACUCACCACCGCUUCAGAACUACCUCUACCCGGCUCUCACGAGGCCACGCCCCACUUGAUUCCUCCACCCUGCGCUCCUCCCAUUCCUCACACCCUGCCUACUUACCACGCCAGCUCAGCCAGCCCCAACCCACCCGCCAGCCGUCACCGCAGCCCUCCCCCCUGCCACUGAGACCGAGCCAGCUCGUCCUCCAGAGGCACUACCAGCUCCACCACCAGCACAGCUACCAGGGCCCGCCGCCUACGUCCCUGCAGGAUCCAAGCCCAACGCAGCAUCAGAGCCUAGGCCCCGUGGGCUCCGCUCUGCUCUCAAAGGCUCCAGCCUCCACCUCCGUCCUCUCCACUCACUCCAAGAGCUUUGAGACCAUUCCCCAGGAGCGGCAGUCCCAGCAGGCUCCGCCCCCACCUCCUCCACCCCUGCCUCCACCCUGUGACCCACCUCCGCUGCCCAAGCUGGGCCAGCAGGCCUCGGACUCCAACCACAUGAGCGUGAAGAGGUUGCGCUGGGAGCAGGUGGAGAACUCCGAGGGAACAAUCUGGGGCCAGCUUGGAGAGGAUUCAGACUACGACAAGCUCAGCGACAUGGUGAAGUACUUAGACCUCGACCUGCACUUUGGGACUCAGCGCAGAUGCAUUUCUCCUCCAGAGCCAGCCUUCCUGCCAGACAACUUUAAAAAGAAAGACGUGGUUGAGAUCCUGUCCCAUAAGAAAGCUUACAACGCCUCCAUCCUCAUCGCCCACCUGAAGCUCUCCCCCGACGAGCUGUGUCAGGUGCUGAUGAACAUGACCACCGACAGGCUGGAGCCGGCGCACAUCAAGCAGCUUCUGCUCUACGCCCCCGACGAGGACGAGGUCAAACAGUACGAGCAGUUCGACCAGGACCCGGUCAAGCUGAGCGAGCCAGACCAGUUCAUUUUCCAGAUGCUGAUGGUGCCCGAGUACAAGACCCGUCUGAGGAGCCUCCUCUUUAAGACGACCCUGCAGGAGAGGACGGAGGAGAUGAAGGUGGCGUUCGACUACAUCUACAAGGCUUCGGUGGAGCUGAAGAGCAGCAAGAAACUAGCGAAAAUCCUGGAGUUUGUUCUUGCAAUGGGUAACUACCUGAACAACGGGCAGCCCAAGAGCCACAGGACCACCAGCUUUAAGAUCAGCUUCCUCACUGAGCUGAGCACGACAAAAACCGUGGAUGGAAAAUCCACCUUUCUCCACAUUCUGGCAAAGUCUCUGUGCCAACACUUCCCUGAGCUGCUGAACUUUCCCAGAGACCUAAUGACGGUGCCUCUGGCUGCUAAAGUGAACCAGAGGGCCAUCACAACCGAGCUGAGCGACCUGCACUCCACCAUCCAGGACAUUAGGACGGCCUGUCAGAAGAUCUCAGCGACAUCUGAUGACCACUUUGCUUCAGUCAUGAGCAGUUUUCUGGAGAACAGCCAUCCUUCCAUCCAGUCUCUUGAGUCUCUGCAGAGCCGAGCCAUGGAGGAGUUCUCCAAGGUGGCAUCCUACUUCGGAGAGGACGGCAAGUCCACCAGCACAGACACCUUCUUCGGCAUCUUUUCAGAGUUCAUGUCCAAGUUUGAGAGAGCUCUCAGUGAGACCCAGACUCCAGAAAACCCCCGAAGCCCCAGACUGUCUUCACCUUUGGCCUGGUAGGAGCUAGAAGUACAGACGGAGAGGAAACCAGAAGGCGAACUGUCACUCAGCUCUCCAUCAACCAAAGUGCCAAAUCCCACUCAGACACACUCGAACCAACAGGAACAGAGACUUUCUCACCUCCAGUGAACUUGGUGGAGCCACGCUGAAUCUGUGUAGAUAGGCUUGUGUGCUGUCAAUCCUGCCGCUUCAGGAGUUCACGGGUCAACCACCACUCACCCGUCUGACACCAGGUACUGCUCUUUAAAGGGACACACACACGGAGGCAUUCCUAACUCACGUCAGAGGUGCAAAACAAGACAGAGAAGCCUGAUUUGUGAUCAGUCCAGAUCCACAUUUGCUGAACUACGCAGCUGUGUUGCAGUGUUGAUCAGUCGUCACGACUCCAGCAACAAUCAUUCACAUUUGAAUGACUAGUCAGUUUGAAGCAGGAUUAAAAAUAUAAUCAUAAUUUAAGAUAAUGUGAGUUUAAAGUGUUUUGCACCUUUUCCUGUCACCAGGUCCCAUAGACUUUGCUGUUAGCACAUGGGCUAACCAUUAACUUCUCCACUUUCCACCAGGGUUUUUGAAGACGCAUUUUUGUUAGCUUUGUAUUUGAAAAUGACUUGUGUGUAGCACUAGAAAGAACCUACAGAGCACCGCAGGGUUCUGGAGUCAUGAGCUAGAGGAAUCUGUCCCUUCAGUUUAAUGAAGGACAGGAGGAACCAGGUUCAUGGAUCCACACCCAAACCCCGUCCCUCUCUAACCACGGCGAUCUAAUCAGCGUCCUAUAGGAGCUUCUGGAUCAGAGUUUUUCUCCGUUCAGAAAAAAACAUCCUCAGGCUUCAGGGUGUUUCUGGACCUGAUAUGAAGUGCUACCUUUUUCAAAAGUAGAUGUGAAAUUUUAUUGUUAAAAUGCCUUCAGGAAUAUGUGAAUCUACAAUCUGAUUAUAGACCUUUGAUGGAGUCGUGGAAAUAGGACAUCACUGCCACUUGACUGGAGAGUUGUAAUCGUUGGUCUUAGAUCGGAAAAAUGUUAGUCAGGUUCAAGUCCCCAAAAAGCUUUUCCCCCUACGGAGUGGUAACGCUCUCUCUGAUGACACAAAGUUGGCGAUGAACCAGUUCCCCUCAUUUAACACAUAUCGUCACAUUUAUGAAUUUUAAUUUGGCAAACUGCCACCAGAGCACUGGUGUGUAGCAGGCUGAACAGCGAAACAAUGAAGCGUCUACGCACCAUCAGAUUAUAAUUAUUCAGUCAUUUGGGAAACAUGCAUCCCUCGGACCACCAUGGUCUGAUGGUGCGUAGACGCCAUACAGAAAAAAUACAUUUUUUUUCUGUUAAAAGUUUCAAAACUGAUGUUUUGAAUUCAUUUCACUUUAAGUGAAACAUUAAGCUGACCCAGGUUUUCCCUGGAAAAUAAAGGCAACCCCGGUGGGUUCCUGCUAACAGCACUGCAGUCAGACGUUCAGUCCCAGAAAUCCACAUACAAAAACAAUUUGUCAUUUUGUUUGAUUUUUUUUAUUAAUUUGUAAUAAUUAAACAACAAAGAAGUGUUAUUCAAACACACCUCCCUUAUCUCAUGUGAAGAACUCCUCUUCAUCUUGACGGUGGAUUAAUCAGAGAUGAAACCACACUUCUUACAUGUGACAUGUGUGUAAAUGACUGUAUUAAGUUUCUAUUCUUAUAAGAAUAAAAAUGAAAACCGUAAAGAUAAAUCAGACUGGUGACAGGGAUCUGGAGCUAUUCACACGUGGUGCGUUCACUGCCUCUUACACAGCAGGAAACGCCAGAGAUGUCGACUUGACUGAGGAGUUGGAGUACUUUUGUUCAGAGUUUUGGAUCAUUCUGAUAACUGCUACUAACGCUUUGGUGACCAGAGUCCUAAUUCAGAUGCUCACAGGGGAAAACCUCUAGAAAUCCUCAUCACAGCAAAGAAAUGUGUCUCAGUCCGAAUGGUUUUUAAAUUAAACCUUUGGAGGCUGUUUUCAGACAGAUGAGAGGAAUCUUCUGAGCAGCGCUCGGGCCUGGUGAUCACUCCCUCAGACUGGUUUAUUUGUGACUCUGAACCAUAUUGGACCUUUUUUACAGGAGGGUAACGCUGACUACAUCAGCUCGUACUACACCACCCGUGUGGGUGGACAUUAAGAGUCUUCUUCAGUAUUUGAUGUCCUUUUAUUUACUGGCAGCACAUAACGUGUAAAUCUUUGCACUUUGAGCGUUUGAAAUAAAAUAAAUAAUAAUCCUUUAUGAAUAUUGCUGCUGAAUGAAUGAAUGUAAGCAGGGGGUUGGGGCAUCCUGCUGUAAAUGGUUUUAUCCUGCUUCUCUAGUUGUCACGGUGACGCCUUCAUCUCCAGUGUACAUGUGUUUAUGAACUGUUAUAGAGGUUGUUUUUUUCUAUGCACUGUUCACCAUUUUCACUAGUGUUGUACAGCUCAUGCAUCUCUCAGAUUCCUGUUUACUUCCCUUUUGCAGACACCUUUACUUUGCCCCUCCUGCACCAGCUUUAGUCGGGCUUACGAGGCGGCCGUGAUCUCGUAUGGAUGCAACCGUAGCUGCAAAACGCAGUUUUUUAGUUUGUGUUCCAGUCAGAUGCAUGUUGGUGGAGUUGUGUUAAAACGUGCAGUUGGAUGCAUCUCCCCUAGAUUAACACGCACCCACAUCUGAAAAUCUUAAUUAGUUCCACAUAUUGGUUAUCUUUCAUAACAGUUCUAUGUUUUCAUGGAAAGCUGCUGAUGUUAUGUGAUAACUGGACUCUGUUGUUUGCUUUCAAAUAAAGAAUAUGUUUUUGUUCUAGAAA